AAGGAAGAGCCGCCAGGAUUAUAAACUCGCCGCUGCCCUUUGCGUAAGGGAAAGCAACGAAGACUCAGGCGAGCCCAGCCGGAGGAGAGGAGAUUAAGGAUUUUGUGUGGACAAAUACGUGCACAUUUGAGGCUGGACAAUAGCUAACCUCAAAGUCAGAGAUGUUAUUCCCAUGGAAACAGAUGUUUCUGCUUUUCUCUGUUGGCUGCUUUGGAGGUAUUGAACACUUAAAGACAAAAAUAAGAAGUACUGUAUCUGUCCGGGAAGGGCAAGGGGUUGUUCUCCUCUGUGGAGCAUCAGUUCAUUCUGGAGAACUUUCCUAUGCUUGGAUCUUUAAUGAAUACCCAACGUUUGUGCAAGAAGAUAGUCGGAGGUUUGUUUCUCAGGAAACUGGACAUCUCUACAUAGCUAAAGUAGAGCCAUCUGAUGUAGGAAAUUAUACCUGUGUCGUGACUAGUGCUGUAACUAACACCAACACCCUUGGAUCACCAACACCUUUGGUGCUACGGACUGAUGGUGUGAUGGGGGAAUAUGAACCCAAAAUAGAAGUUCAGUUUCCUGAAACAGUUCCUGCUGCUAAAGGAUCAACUGUGAAACUAGAAUGCUUUGCUCUUGGAAAUCCAGUUCCUCGAAUUAACUGGAGAAGAACUGAUGGGACACCAUUUCCAAGCAAAGUAAUGUUGAGAAAAUCCAAUGGCAUGAUUGAAAUUCCCAAUUUCCAACAAGAAGAUGCUGGUCUCUAUGAGUGUAUCACUGAAAAUAGUAGAGGGAAGAACGUUGCAAAGGGACGUCUCACAUAUUAUGCCAAGCCUCACUGGGUUCAAUUGAUAAAAGAUUUUGAAGCUGCAGUGGAGGACAACAUAUACUGGGAGUGCAGAGCAAGUGGCAAACCUAAGCCUUCCUACAGAUGGGUGAGAAAUGGAGAACCUCUAGCAUUAGAGGGAAGAAUACAAAUUGAAAAUGGAGCUUUGACUAUAACAAACUUAAACUUGACAGAUUCUGGCAUGUACCAGUGUAUAGCAGAGAACAAACAUGGUACAAUAUAUGCCAGUGCCAAUCUCCGAGUUGUAGCUUCUGCUCCCGACUUUUCUAAAAGCCCAGUGAAGAAACUGAUUCAGCUUCUAAAGGGCAGCACAGCUCAUUUUGAGUGCAAGCCAAAAGCUUCCCCUAAAGCGACAACUAUUUGGAAAAAGGGAGGUGAGCUGCUCCAAGAAAAUGAAAGAAUAUCAUUCUUAAAAGAUGGAAGCUUCCAAAUAACUAAUGUGAGUAAAUCAGAUGCUGGAAGUUAUACCUGCCUGGCAGAAAACAAGUUUGGAAAAGCUAAUAGCUCAACUACUUUAUUAGUAACAGAUCCAACCCGGAUAAUAUUGGCACCAUCAAAUAUGGAUGUGACUGUAGGAGAAAGUAUAAUUUUACCCUGCCAAGUUCAGCAUGACCCACUCCUGGAUAUAAGUUUCACAUGGUAUUUUAAUAGUGCAUUGACUGACUUCAGAAAAGAUGCAUCCCAUUUUGAGAGAGUAGGUGGGAGUGCAUCUGGAGACUUAAUGAUUAGGAAUAUCCAGCUGAAACACAGUGGAAAAUAUGUGUGUACAGUGAAGACUGAAGUGGAUAGUGUAUCAUCUGCAGCAGAUCUUAUAGUACGAGGUUCACCUGGACCUCCAGAGCAUGUAAAAGUGGAUGAAAUAACAGCUACAACAGCUCAAAUUUCUUGGUACGAGGGCUUAGAUAAUCACAGUCCAAUCACUGGCUACACUAUUCAGGCCAGGACACCAUUUUCAGUGGGUUGGCAAAGAGCCAGAACAGUUCCUGAUGUCAUUGAUGGGAGAACAUUCUUGGCUGCCGCAGUAGAUUUAAACCCUUGGGUUGAAUAUGAAUUCCGUGUAGUUGCCAACAACAAAAUUGGAGGUGGAGAACCUAGUUUACCCUCAGAAAAAGUAAGAACUGAAGAGGCAGUUCCAGAAGUACCACCAUCUGAAGUAAGUGGAGGUGGAGGCAGCAGGUCUGAAUUGGUCAUAACAUGGGAUCCAGUUCCUGAAGAAUUACAGAAUGGUGAAGGAUUUGGUUAUGUAGUUGCUUUCCGACCUCUUGGCAUUACAACCUGGAUACAGACAGUUGUCACAUCACCUGACACCCCAAGAUAUGUCUUUAGGAAUGAAAGCAUCUUGCCAUUUUCACCCUAUGAAGUCAAGGUUGGCGUAUACAAUAAUAAAGGAGAAGGACCGUUUAGUCCAGUGGCCACAGUGUAUUCUGCAGAAGAGGAGCCUACAAUAGCUCCUUCUGGUGUAUCUGCAAAUAGUCUCUCUUCUUCCACAAUUGAAGUUACCUGGAUUCCCAUUCCUUGGAAAAUGGGCAGUGGGAGAUUAUUAGGCUAUGAGGUAAGAUAUUGGAACAAUGAUGGGAAAGAACAGUCUUCAAACAAAGUAAGAGCCACAGGAAAGGAGACCUCAGUGAAAAUAACAGGCUUGAUGAGCAACUUGGUAUAUUAUACAGCUGUUCGAGCAUACAACAGUGCAGGAGCGGGUCCUUUCAGUGUCACUGUCAAUGCUACCACAAAAAAGCCACCACCCAGCCAGCCUCCAGGAAAUUUAGAGUGGAACAUUACUGACUCCAGGGUAGUGCUGAACUGGGAACAGGUGCAUGCCAUGGAAAAUGAAUCAGAAGUAGUGGGCUAUAAGGUUUUAUAUUGGACUAGCAGUCAGAACCAGCUCAGUAUCCUGGACACAAAUAGAACAUCUGCAGAACUUUUGCUGCCUUUGAAUGAUGAUUAUGUUAUAGAAGUGAAAGCAGUGACUGAUGGUGGAGAUGGCAUUAGCAGUGACCAGAUUAAAGUCCCCAAAUUAGCAAGUAUGGAUGCAAGAGGAAGUUGUGCAGAAAUCUUAAAUUGCCUCUCCAGCUUGAUGUCAAUAACUCUGUUUUUGAUUUUCAAUGCAAUAUUGUGA